UCCUCCUCGUCGACGCUCUCCGUGCCGGACCAGAUCCGCCAGCUCAACGACGCCCGCAAGCUGGUGCUGGGCGACGUAAAGUACUACCCGAGCGUCGUCAGAGGCAUCCUGCCCAUUGUCGGCCCCAAGGCGCCGAUCGAGCUGCGGCGAUGGGUGACGGACUUCUUGGCCGAGGCGUUUGCCACGCCGGCGCUGCCCAAUUCCGAGAAGGAGACGAUGCAGCCGUAUGUGCUGACGACGCUGGAGUCGCUGAUUGAGACGGAGGUGGAUGCGCAGGUGCUGCGGAACGUGAUCCAGGCGGCGGCGAGCAUCUAUCCGCUGGCCAUGAGGUGGAUCAUCAACAACAGCUACGAUACAGUGACGUGGGAGAGGAUGGUGAGCAUCAAGCACAAGAUCCUGCAGCUGUGGGACAGCGCCCCUCCCACGGUGAGGAUAUGCUGCAUCAAGUUUGCCCAGCGAGUGGUUCUGGCGCAAACCGUCGCUUCUGGCGCCGAGCACAGGUAUGGCGGUGGACUAGACGUCUCGCUGGACAAGGUGCCGCCCAAUCACCAGACGCUUGACCCUAGAAUGCUCGAGGCAGAGGCAAGUGGGCUGCUGGACCGCAUGUUGAGCAUCUUCCAGGGCAACAACGAUGGUCUUCUAGUAGAUGCGACUCUGAACUGCCUGUCCAUCAUGGCGCGGACUCGCCCCUCCACAUCCAGCCGCAUCCUCAAUGCAUUGCUCAGCUUCAACCCCCUGCAAGCAGCCAACUCGCCAUUGACCCCCAAGACAAAGGUGAUGAUCAAGUCCAUGGAAAAGACCUCGCGGCUGCUCUUGAUUCACCUGAGUAAGCGAGACCCCCACAACCCAAUCGUGCCCAGGAUACAGCAGCAUGUCGAGACCACAAUGCGUAUGGUGGCCGAGCUCUUCGACAGUGCCGGCCGCAAGAGGCCUCUGGAGCCCAAGCCCCAAGAUGGAUAUGAUGCCAAGCGCCAGAGGAUCGAGGCUUCCCAGAUCCAGAUCCCUCCCCUGGGCCCUGGCCCCCAUAGCCUGGCCGACGUCUUCACCCUCAUCGGCAACGACGGGCUCAAGUACUUUGACGUCUCCCAGGUGCCCCCCAGCCUCGUAGCCAGAAUCACCGUGAAUACCCUGUGUCGGUUGGAUGCCCAGGUCCUUGCAAAGGCUGUAGAUGGUGUUCGCGACCGGCUGGAGACGCUGAACAAUAGCCCUCCCGCCGAGCUGAAUCCGAACACUGCUCCCCUGGGCGUGGAGGAGGACGAGGACGACUACGAGCCGGAUUUCUACCAGGCCGAAGAUACGGAGCAGAUUCUGAACAAGCUGGACAACGCCCCGGCACCGGCUGCGGCAGAGCCCAGAAUAAGCUUGGACGACACCUUGGGGCUGCGAUCCUUCAGCCUUCCCCAGCCGCAGCCGUUGACGCCGGAGAUGGCGCUCACUGCAGGCAAAGCGACGGUGACGAGCGUGCUGGACAUGAUGAAGUCCCUGGACGACUCGGGAACGAAGAAGCAAAAGGCGGGCUUCAACCGGCUCGCGGCCAGCUCCGAGAGCAGAGACUCGUGGAUGACCAUUCUGACGCGCCUCGCAACCCGGUCAUCAGCCGGUCUCGAGGAGAUUACGGUCAAGGACGAGGCCGCCGACGACUCUAAGCGGACCCCGUCCCUGAACAACAGCAUCCGGGAGAUUCUCUACAACUACAUUAUGGAAGACUUUCGAAAGCACAUUGACGUCGCCGUCUCGUGGCUCUGCGAGGAGUGGUACAACGACAGGGUGCAGCGCAAGGCUGGCAGCGGCGGCGGCGGCGGCGGCGACCAACCGACGUACUACGAAAAGUGCACGCUGCGGCUCAUUGAUGGGUUCCUCCCGUACCUGCACCCGCAGGACAAGGUGCUGACGCGGUUCCUGAGCGAGAUCCCCGAGCUGAACCGGGCGAUUCUGUCGCGGGUGAAGCACAUGUGUCGGGAUCCGAGCGUGACGCAGCUGGCGCUGACGAGUCUGUUGUAUCUGGUGAUUAUGCGGCCGCCUGUGAAGGAGGCUGCGCUGGACGUUGUGCAGGAUAUAUGGACAGAGUUCGAAGAUGCUAGGCCUAUGGCGAGCAAAUAUCUCAGCAAAUAUCGGCCACAGUUCCUUGAA